AUGAUCAAUUUUCUCUUGCUUCUGCUCUUCUCCUCUUAUCAUGGGCAGGCACACGGCCAUACCUUCGUCUGGGGCGUCUUUGUUAAUGGUGUAGACCAAGGGCUCUUCAAAGGCAUACGGACACCCGCAUACAAUGGCGCACCAGGCGGUGGUGGAUAUUCCAACUCACCAGUCAAAAACCUGACUUCGAUUGAUAUGCGUUGUAACGUCAUGGGAGAUAUCCAAGCUCCAGAUGAAAUCAAAGUUGCUCCAGGAGACAACCUCACUCUCGAUUGGCACCAUGAUAAAAGGAAUGCCGCGGACGAUGUAAUUGCAAGCUCACAUCACGGGCCUGCUCUAGUCUACAUCUCACCAGAUCCUCCAAAAGACAAUUCGUUCGUCAAAAUUUGGCACGAAGGACUGUAUGCGGAGGAGAUACCAGGAAAAUGGGCAACGACAUCAGACAUAGCAAAGAAUGGGGGCCAUAUGAACAUCCGCAUUCCAGCUAGCUUAAAGCCGGGACACUACCUCAUUCGGGCCGAAAUGAUUGGUCUCCAUGAAGGUGAAGUAUCGUACGAGGAGAACCCGAUCCGAGGGGCGCAAUUCUAUCCCAAUUGUGUGCAGAUAGAGGUUACAGGCAACGGCACCGUGGAUCUACCUGAAGGUGUUUCCUUCCCUGGGGCGUAUUCGUACGAAGAUCCCGGGGUCGUUUACGACGUACCGAACCCUUCUUUCCCCACCUUAAGAUUGUCCACUAAUUGA